AUCCGCGUUCAAGUGGAUGUGCGCCACUGCAGAGCGCUAUUUGAAAAGCGGGGCGAGUAGUAAGCUUGUACAACAGUACACUCAAACUGCCGUUAGCGCCGUGUCAAAGCCGACUCACUCACAUAACAGCUGGAGUUUGUUUUAGGACUUUGCGCUUCAUUACUAAGCUCUCUUUGGGUGAUUGUGGAUCGCAACUCUCAAAGAACAGAGGGACCUGUUGAUUAGGGGACCCUGUGGUGAGAGAAGAGAAGGGGUCCCGAAACACUGUGUAUAGUUAGCCAGACCUCAGUUGCUUCUGUGUGCACAUCCAGCAAUGGCAAACGCAGGGAUUCAGCUUUUAGGAUUUGGUCUCUCCCUGGUGGGGAUCAUUGCACUCAUCAUCGGCACCGUCCUCCCGCAGUGGAAGAUGUCGGCGUAUGUCGGAGACAGCAUCAUUACGGCGGUGGCCAUGUACGAAGGGCUGUGGAUGUCGUGCGCUUUCCAAAGUACCGGACAGGUUCAGUGCAAAAUCUACGACUCCAUUCUGCAACUGGACAACGCCCUCCAGGCCACGCGGGCGUUGAUGAUAGUGGGCAUCAUUGUGUCCAUCGCAGGCCUGGGUGUGGCCAGCAUAGGCAUGAAGUGCACCACCUGCGGAGCCGACGACAGGCCACGCAAGUCCCGCAUAGCGGUCACAGGAGGCGUUGUACUGCUCGUAGGAGCCCUCUGUGCAAUCGUGGCUUGCUCAUGGUUUGCCCACAAUGUCAUCCGUGCCUUCUACAACCCCUACACACCAGUCAACACCAAGUUCGAAUUUGGGGCCGCCAUCUUCAUCGCGUGGGGGGGCUCCUUCCUGGAUGUGCUUGGGGGGGCUAUGCUGGCCGCCUCAUGCCCUCGUGGCAAACAGAUGUCCAAAUACCCACCCAAGAAUGCCUCAAGAGCCCCCAGCAGUGCCAAGGAGUAUGUCUGAACCACAGACGCCCUCUGGUGGACAGAGAAGAGAGAGAAAAACAGCAAGGGAUGGUGCAGGUCUCUCCGCUCCUCACCUGCCACAAUGGACUGAGACUAUUAGUUGUUGUUGUUUUUUUUUACUUUUUUUAAUUACUUCAGCUUGUUUUAAGAUAUUUGUGCUGAUGACACAAGAACAAAGGGGGGAAAUGCAUUCUGCCCUCUAAUUGAAGAAUUCUCAAGGGUAGAGUUGAUAUGUUACAUCACAUCUGAUACACUGUCUUUCUUAGAGUACGACCAUGUGUAAAAAAGAGUAUUAUGAGGAGCAAUAUUUAGAAUGUUUUGAUGUGUAAAUUCAGCUGUCAGUGUUAUAGCUGCAUACUCUCAGGUCGGUGCAACAAAGGGACUUCACUUUGGGCAACAAAAACAUUCCUUAGGGAAUUGAGUGUAACUGAUGUCAUAGCUAUGUACUUAUAUUUGGUCAGUCAGACUGACUGACCAGACUGACUGACCGAAACGUCAGUUCACCAAUAAACCGGCCUUGUACGUGAA